CUGUGCAACCUUUUUCGUCGUCUUUGCACAAAAAAAGCGUAGGACACGACUUUAUUUUGGUUAAUGACGACUUUUUUUUGUCUGAUUUUCCGAAGGAGCAGUCAGUCCGCCACGACGUGGCCGCGCACAUCAACCCAGUUUGCUGCGCACGAGCACGGAGUCGGGCGGAGACUCGGAGUCACACCUAGCCAAAAUGGCGGCUGGCCGGGGCCGAUACUCGAGCUGACUAGUCGCUCGCGAUGUUCGUCGCGCUUGUCAUGUUGGCGUGUCGCUAACACGAUGCGCCUCCGCCCCGAUGGAAAACCUCCCAGGGAGGGCCUCCCUCUUGCCCCUUUCUAAGACGGCUCCCUCCGCUCGAGCACCUCCAUCUCCGCCAGCAGCGCACCGAGUCUCGGCCCGCCGCAGCCGCUCACUCGCGUCCCCGCCGGGCGGGCGGCCGCCACGCCGAGGUUGUUGUGGAGCUCGUAGCCGUUAGCUGCUCUCCUUGCUAGCGAGCAGCGAACCCAUCAGUCAACUGGACAGCAAAACAAGCGGCCUCUUCAGAAGUGAGCUGGGCCCCACCCUGCGGUGCAAAGGUCGUCGGACGGCUCGGAGCUCAUUCCCGCAUGUUUGCACUUUUGCUUGAAGGAGAUUGCGUCUUGGAAGCGUCUGUUCUUCCCUGCCCCGGGAAUCUUGUUCAACUUGCCCAUCGGGAGCUUUCCUGCCUUCCUCUUUCGAUUGCCGGAGGGAUUGAUACAUUGAUUUGAGCAACUAAUGGAGUGGUCGUGGCUGCAGACCGGAUGACAGGGUCUGGCUGGAGAGGUUGCAGCACUUCCUGCACACGAACCCCCAGUGAUAGAGACCACCGCAGCCCCGUCCCCUGCCCUUAAAUAUCCCAGCUGCCUCAUCCUCCUUUGCCAUUGUCGCCGGGUCCAUCCGCAUGAAGAUGAGCUGGUUGAGCAGGUUGACGACGCGCGCCCCUGCUGCUCGCUCGGGUCGUGGUGCCGCCCCCCAGGAGACGCUUUCAUGCACCGCCGACCCUGAGACCUGCCUCAUGGUCUUUGAGAACCACUGGAGACAAGUGUCCCGUGUGCUGGACCAGAGCGAGCCGUCGUGGUCCACGGAUGACCUGAUCGCGGUGAGGAACCACACGGACCAAAUGUUCUGUCUCCUGGCCGAGGAGCGCCCACCACCCCAAGGCGAAGAUGACGGGACCGCCGAGGACGGGGGACCGAUCCUGCAGCUGGUGGUCCGUGAGCAGGUCCUGGAGCGCCUCCUGCUCUGGCACCUGCGCCGCGGCCCAGACCCCGACAGCCUGGGGGCGCUUCUCAAGCUGUUUGAGAUGCUUAUCGGCCAGUCUCAGCAGGCCUUGCUGCGGUGCACGGCUGUCCUACACCCGCUGCUCAGGCUCAUGGGGGCCUGCGUCCACCCCGACCACGGUUGCCCCCCUGCACUCGAAAACAGCCUGGUGCUGCUCCUCAAUCAGGUGUGCGUGCGCACAGCCCGCCAGCCGCUUCUCCUGGAGACGUUGUUCCGGGCGGCUCCGGUGCAGCAGGGCUCCACCAACCUCCUCAUUUUCUCCCUACUCGUCCCAUUCAUCCACCGCGAGGGCGCCGUUGGACAGCAGGCCCGCGACGCCCUGCUGCUGGUCAUGGCUGCCUCCGCCACCAACUGCAGCGUGGCGCGAUACAUCGCCCACAACUCUUACUUCUGCCCGGUGCUGGCGACUGGUCUGAGUGCGCUGUAUUCCUCCCUGCCCCGCAAGAUAGAGGUGCGCGGGGACGACUGGCAUGCUCUGCGGCGCGAGGACUGGAUGGGCGUCUCAUCGCUGGUGGUCUUCAUGAACUCACUGGAGUUCUGCAACGCUGUGGUGCAGGUGGCCCACCCCAUGGUGCGCUCACAGCUCCUCGACUAUCUGCACAAUGGCUUCUUGGUCCCCGUGGUGGCACCCGCCCUGCACAAGUCGUCUGUUGACGAGAUGAUCGCCAGCACUGCCUACCUAGACCUGUUCCUGCGCAGCGUAAGUGAGACGUCCCUUCUCAAGACCUUCCUGCGCUUUAUCCUGCUGCAUCGCCUCGACAGCGACUCCAUCCUGGACACGCUGCUCAUACGUAUCAGCAGCAAUUCCAGGCUCUGCAUGGUGUCACUGAGCCUCUUCCGGACUCUUGUGUCGUUCAACUGUGAGGACAUCAUGUUACAGCUUGUCCUCAGGUACCUGCUCCCGUGCAGCCACGUCAUGCUUAGUCAGCGACGCGCCAUCCGGGAGGCCGACAUGUACGGGAAAUGCGCUGACAAGUUCCUGUCCCUCAUCCCAGAGUGUUGCCAUAUCACGACGGCGCCCCCUGCUGUGCGGGAUGAGGAUGCCAUGUUCAGAGGCAAAGUGCCCCACAAUGCCGAUGCAGAGUCCCUGGCGCCACCUAGACCGAGCACGCCGUCCCGAUUGGCGUUUUUCAUCCGCCAGCAGAGCGGCAGCACCGCCUUGGGGGGUCCCUCUACCGUCGCCGGCUCGGAGUCGCUGCAGUCCACUGCCCCUGACAGCCCUAUGCACAAACUGCAGCCUGAAAUUCUGGCAUGGGAUUCAGGGUACCUGGACUACCUGAAGGAUGCUCGACGAGGCAUUGAGCUUUGCUCCUGGGCGUGUCGGGACUGGUCGGCGCCCUACGAUGGCGAGAACCCCUCUGCAAGCACUGUGCCACCGCUCCCACGCCCUCCUGCAUACAUCCCCUCCAUGGCUGUGUACCCAGACCACUUCUCCUUCCAGCCAGGAGGAGGGGGCAGCGGCCAGCAGAGAGCCACAAUGGCGGGGGUGGCGCGUUCCGAGUGGAGCACCUCAGAUCACGACAGUGGUGAGUGGGAUGUCACCAUCGGGCAAAACAACUGCAUCAGCCUCACGCCGCGCUCCAAGAAGCGGAGCCUUCAAUGCGAAGAACUCCUUCCAAAACCCGUUUCUUCACACCUUCGCCCUGUCCCUUUACCGACAUCCUUGCUGGUGUCCCACAACCCUACCUCUGCGUCCUAUGUGGCGUUGUACAACGGUACGGCGGAGCCAAGCAAGGUGUGCCCGGGUCGGGACAGAGAGCUAGAGGCCAAGAAAGUAAAGCGAGACUUGGACCAUGAGGGGUUUUUGGACGAGAAUGCCAAUCAAAAUGGAUGCCCAACCAGUGACGCCGGUGACACCCUGCUGCCGGCCGAUGCCAAUGACGCCUCUACCCAGCACCACGGGCCCACAGUGGAGAGCCUCAUCCAGGAGCUUCUUGAACAAUCUCCUGAUGAGACGCGGCCCCCUGACGACGGUGAGGGCAUCAGCAUCGAGGCCUUCACGCGGGAGCUUAGGGAGCUGGAGGACCGUGUGACCCCACCCGCUGGCACCACAGAAAAGUCUCUGGGUGACCGGCACCAGGAGAACGAGGACCCAGAGGAUAAAAUGUCAGCUGAUGCUAAGGGGGAAGGUUCUGGAACGGCUCUCUGCAGUCCCGCCAGACCUCUCGCUCAGGACUCGUGUCAGCCGUACACGGGUCCGCUGAUGGCGGUGCUGCUGGCCAAGCUGGAGAACAUGCUGCAGAAUUCGCUGUAUGUCAAUAUCCUGCUGACAGGCAUGGUGGCACAGCUGGCGUGCUAUCCUCAGCCUCUGCUGCGCUCUUUCCUGCUCAACACCAACAUGGUCUUCCAGCCCAGCAUCAAGUCUCUCAUCCAGGUCCUGGGUUCUGUCAAGAAUCGCAUCGAAGCCUUCGCUGCCUCCCACGAAGACUUCCCCGCUAUGCUGAGGAAAGCCCAGCAAUACCUGGUGGCGCGCGGAAAGGUGGACUGGAGUGAGCCACCCGGCGCAGUACCCCCUCUGCGGCGCUCGGAUUCGCUAGUCAAGAGUCGCAAGUCCUCCCUAAGCGACCUGAUCCUCCGCCACACCAACAGCCCCACUCGGACCCGGAGCGCCGCCCAAAUGGCCCUGGCCCACGUGCGGGUGGGCGGCCAGACACUGCACAGUGCUCUGUUCCGUGGUGGCGGAACGUCCAAUCUGGAGAAGCAGGCGGAGGCACUGCGUGUGAAGAAUGCUGUCUACUGCGCUGUCAUCUUUUGCGAGUUCCUCAAGGAGCUUGCCGCCCUUGCCCAGGAGCAUGCAGUCACGCUGCCCUUCUCUCGCACUGACAGCGAGGAGUAGACACCUGAAGGUCAGACACCAAGGGGUAGAUGCCAUGGAGAAGACACCAAGGACGAGAUAGACAUUGAAGGGUAGACUCCGCAGGGUGGAUGCCAAGAAAUAGUAGUCCUUCAAGGGGUACACGGCCAGAUGUGACACCAGGCAGUGGACGAGGAGGAGUAGACAUCUAGGAAAAGACGCAAAUGGGUAGACGAUAAGGGGUAAACCUCGACGAUGCAGAGCGGUAGACUCCGAAGAACAGAUGUCUAGAAUUUGAAGGGUAGACACCGAGAUUGCCAAGAGGUAGACGCCAAGGAGUAGACACCGAGGAGUAGACGCUAAAGAUGUUGAGGAGUAGACACCUAAGGGUAGAUGUCGAUUUUUAGACGUCGAGGGGCAUAUGGUGAGUAGUCCCCAUAAGAGUGAAUGCCGCGGAAUAAAUGAUACAGAGGGGCAGACCAAACAACGCGAUGGUCUUUUACCAAAAGCAUUCUGGGACAUGGACACGUGUAAAUGAUAUUGUGCAUAUGAUGUAUCAUAUCGACUUUUUUGGCCAAUGGACUGCGGGAUGCCUGAAAAGUAAAAGUGCACUUUGUUGGUGCUGGUCCAUGUAUUUUCAUUGGAAAGAGUGAUCCAUUACCUUAUUAUUAUUAUUAUGCAAAACACUAUGUUUUCUCCACCCUCAACGCAUUAUAUUUUGAAAGGCUGUGGCCAGGAAACGGGAUGUUGUGUGCCAAGCACCUCUUUUUAUGUUGUUGUUAACUGAUUUAUCGGGCUCAUCUCAUUUUUCUAAUUACAACUUCCUCACUCCUCUGUUUAUAUGCUAGCGGCUCCCACCAGAAAUUCCAUUGAGGAGAUUGACUGAGGAGCGAGGCUGGAGGAGGUAGGAUUGUUUGGGGGAAAUAAGACGAUUGUUUCUCAAUGACAUCAUUUCAUGGGGAACGUCGAUUAAAGAUGACGCCACGUCAUUGAGGCGUUUCAAAUGAACGUCUGUGGCUGAAUUAUUACUAUUACCACAAAUGUCCACUUUAUGCUUUGUUUCAAGUGGGAUUAAAGUAAAACAUAAACAACACUGUUAUUCACAACUUUGCAGAUGCAAAGACGAUCGUGAAUCCCAAGCCCGCCUGUAACCCCCCUCCCACGCAGCACAUAUUGGUGUGACUCGUAAAUAAGUGCUGAUAUCUUGCUUAUGUAUAACGUUAAAUGAAAAAAAUGUUGACCUAACAGAAUGAUUUCAUUUUCUUAAUGUGCCUAAAUGACAGCCUAAUUACUAUACAAACCUUAGAAUUGGUGCUUGGUCAGGCGUAGUAACCAUCGGCCAGUUUAAUUAAGUCAGUUUGGUGUCAAAUACUGCCCCAAAUAGAAGAGAGAGAAAAAUAUGAAUAUUCCAGAUAAAAUAAUAAAGGUAUGACAAAACAGAAGAUUAAGUAUUUAAUUUGAUGUCCCGCUACGUUUACGAUCCAGCUGCUACAUGCCCAUUUUCAUAGUCACCAUCGAGGAGCUAGAAGACUUCCGCAUAGGAAACAUCAGAGGUCCCUUGAUUUAAGCUAGCCCGUGGAACCUGCUUGAUGCUCGAUCCCCGCACCUCAAUGCGUGUUGAACACAGUUGAGAAGCUCCUUAAUUUGGCGGCCAUUGUGACAACUUCUUGUGGGUCGCUUUCGAUGUUUUGAGGAGCGAGGAGCUUGGAACGUUGACAUUAAGAGACUUGAGAUGAGCCCAACGUGUUCACUGACAUCUUUACCUUUUACAAAUCUGCCCGAGUUUGUAACAGUCCAGGACUAGUUGGACUCAGUUUAAACCAGAAAGGCAGUUGGACGCAGCACUUAAGACCGGUUAGAGCAGGGGUCUCAAACUCAAGUUAUCUGGGGGCUGCCAGAGCAGAGUUGCCAAUGUGCCGAAACAGUUUAAAAAUCUUGUGGCUAUCGACGAUUGUGUGCCGAUAACCACAACCUCACGUGUGUUUAUGUGGCUAAACCAUCAUCCACAUUUACAAUGGGAUUUUUCGGCAGGAAGUUUAUCUUCAGUAUUAUUCACUAAAUCCAAGAAAUUAAUUAUUCUAUAGUAUGACCAACACAACAUUGGAUAUAGCCAACAACUCUUUCCUGGAGGCCAGGCCUAAAUGUUACGAUGAAUUGAUAUGAAAAACAAAUCUUUAUUUUACUAUUUAAUUUUAAAAAGAAAAACAUUCCAUCACAGUAGAAUAUUGACUUAUUGCUUUAACUUAAUGACUUGUAAAAAUGUAAUACUGUAUGAUGAUGCACUUGUCAGUAGCAGUAGCACUGCUGUCAGUGUCAGCCGACUAUAGAGAAAAAGUGGAGUGACCCUUUUCAUCACCGAUGUGUUUAUGAAAUCGGUUAAAAUGGUAAACUAUAUUAAAUGUUAAUGAAUGUUCUUAACAAAGUAAAAGUGUUGGUAUGAUUCACUUAUUUGACAGUCAAGAAGGAUCUUAAAGACUAUAUAGAAUUUUCUCAAAUUCAAACUUUUUAGUUGAAGAUAAUAUUCUAAAUCUCUGGUGGUAAAUAUUAGUAGGGUAACGUUAGCUGUCCGAUAAUUGCAACAGAUUUCAAAAGCAGGACAAAGUGGGCUGAAUUACAUGGGUAGGCGUAACUAUGUUUGACUUGGGCCCCCAAAUGACUUUCUAGUUAUGUCCCGGUUGAGCCAGCGCCACCGUUCGGCAUGACAACCAUCGUAGAUAAGUGGGUUGUGCAUUGAUGAAGAAGGCAGCUAGCUAGCUGCGAGAUCUAAUGUGAACUGCAGGACACAUUGACCAUCGACACUUAAAAAGUAUAUCGCGAUAAUAAGUUUAUAUGCAUGGUUGAAUUUGGCGCCAAGCAGCAUCUGGUCUUCCCUCAUACCCCACUCCCCGCGGGGCAUUGCAACUCUUGUCAGAAUGAAAUAUGUACUUUGAAUCGUUUUCAUUCGAAUGCAAAAAUUAUAAUAAGGCAUUCCUUUUUUUCAAGCGAACUUGCGGAUGAAGCCAAAUUCCUGAUAAUUUUUUCGUAGCAUAAUAUGGUAUUUCAGAGUGCAAUCACAAAGUGCAACUCAGUGGAAGCAAAUACAUUAGGCUGCAAGCACUGACUUUUUAUUUGAAAAUCCCCGUCAGUAUAGUGAAUUGUCAAGGACAGGUACGGCUCCAUUGUUAUGCUUGACUAGGUCAGUCGUUGUUGCAAACUGCAAAGAAUGCGACAGUUGUGAUUUAUUAUUUUAAUUAUUCUCUAUUUACUCCCGGUGUUUUUCACUGCGGUCAGGCCAACCUCUGGUCCAAGUCAAGCCGGAUGCCACAAUGACUAUUAAAGGUCUCAUAUUUUGGCUAUUUCAACCUCCAUAGAGUGACUCCAUAACAUGGACUUAGUAUAAAAGUGUCAAUUUCAUUUAAACAAAACAACAACUUUGGUUUUGGCAUACAAGUGUCCAGAAAAGGCCCCUCUGACAGCUACAUGUUUGACGCAGUUUUGAAUCCGCUUUGUCCAUAUAUGGCUAAGACUGCCCCCUUUCCUCGGAUUGUUUACCUCCGUGUAGAAGACGCACUUGUGCGAGCACACGUGUCUGUUGUUGACAAUGCUGGCUCGGGAGUGGAGAGGUAGGUGGAGAUCUUCACUAGUGACGUAGAUAAGCUUCACGUGACCGGCGAAUUGCCCCGCGCGGCCCCUCUGCGUAGCUUGACGCGCGCACGGCAAAAAUAGUUGCUGCGCGUCGAACGCCGCGGAGAUCAUCUCUCAUGAUUGGUCCGUUUUAGUCACAUGCUGUGAUGACUUACUCAGCGUGCCCCUUCGUUCUACAUACCAUCUCCGCCGCCGCCACCUUCUCGAUCGAUUUUGCAGCAUAAUUAAACGUGUCAUCUCAGUCCAUUUGUUCUAGCAGACAUUGUUCCACGGAUCUCCAUUGUUGUUGCUUUGUUCCUUAUUACUGAAAGGAAAGUAAAAACAGCUACCGCAAAUGGCAAAACAAAAAAUGCAGAGGAAACUCCACCCUGUGGUGUCCUAUCCAAUACCAGCUGUAGCGACACCCCCGACUUAGAGGUGAACUGCAGUAGAUUUUCACAACUGCGCGCAUGGGUUGCGCUCGAGUAUAAAGGCAAACUAAACCCAGGACAGCCACAGUGAUGUCAGCGCGGUCGCCAUCCGCGCAAGUAUAAAGAAGCCAUUAAGCUUGCAUUCGCCCCCUGGUGGUUGGCUGAGUACUGGUUGAGAAAGUGCUUCAUAUGCGGCAGAGCCCGCAUUUCAAAUGCAAAAAUCGCCGAUGAUCAGGCUAAUUUAAUGGGAGCAAACAAAAUCGUGAUAAUGAUUAAAAUUCGAUUAAUUGUACAGCCCUACAUCUGCUGUUAAAUUUCGUAAGCACCGCAACUUUCUUUGCCUAUACGACACGUUAGGGUGGCCUUGUACUCAACAAGAAAGUAUUCCGUCUCCCGCUAUUUCUGAAAUUGGCUGUGCUCGUUGCUAACCUUAUUCUUCACUGCAGGUUUUGAGAAAGGCAUGACUAGAACUGAGUGACAGGAUAUACUGUAUUUUCCUUCCAGUUGGUGUCAUGUUUCAACUAAUUGACUAACGCUGCUAAUUCACUUAAGCUCAGGGCAGCAAAUCCAGAAAAAUAGGCGGGGGCUGCACUAACAUUUAAGAUUAAUGUCAAGUCAGGGGCCACAAAAUAUCAUACCCGCGAGUUUGAGACUCCUGAGUUAGAACCAGUCACAGACAGUUUUGUACUACUUGGGGCCAGUAAGUAAUGCUUAGGUACAGUUAAGACCAGUUUUGAGUGGUUACAGCCGACAAGGAGCAGUUAGUAUCAGUUAGGGCCAGCUGGAACAAGUAAGGAGAUGCAGCAGAAGUAGUGAAGACCAGUUUGGACCGAUCUCAGCCAGUAAGGAGCAGUCAGCAGCAGUUAAGACUAGUUACACCCAGGUUUGGUCCAUUUCGGAUCUGUUGGAGCCAGUUUGGACCGGUUACAGCCAGUUUGGACCAUUGAUGAGCCGUCAGCAUCAGUUUGGGCCAGUAUGGAGCAGUGGGGGCACAUUUUUAGGUUAUUUAGCAUCCCUUGGUUUCCUCUUGCUAGCGUUUGCUGCUAAUUGCCAUCUGAGGUGCUUUCAACACACAACAGUCUUUGGUCUUUAGUGCAAUUUCAUGGGGUUUUCCACCAAGCACUUGGCAGAAAAGGGAAAAAUAGGUUUUAAGACUAUAUAGUUAGAAUUUUUGCCAAUGGGAUUUGUCUUCCUCGAUUCAGUUUGUUUUUCAAAUGGAGGCCAUUACAUCGUCACUUCUAAUGUUAGAAACCCAAGUUUAAAAAAACAAAAACAAAAAAACAAAAAGAAGAGAGAGAAAAGAUGAUUGUAGUUUGGACAUUGCUGUAAAAAAAAAGAAAAAAAAAAGUGUGUGCCAGGCUGAAGCAUAAAGUGAGAAAAAAGUGCCGCGUCUCCUUACUUGCCAAGUCGUUUGUGGCGGCUGUCCAGUGGCUCUUCCUGCUGGACGUUCUUUACUGUAUUUUUAUUUUGAUUUACUUGUUCUUCUGGUGCCAUGUUUGACUCUUCACCCGAUCAAAUGUUUCUUCCAGUUUCCUCCCAUGUCAACUAUGCAAAAACCUGGAGUUGGUCGGCACACACACAAACCGAAUGUGUAAAUACUGUAAGAAAACAACAGCAACAAAACAAACAAUAUCGGGUGCAGAGGAUGAAUGUCCAACAAAAAGAAAUGUUAAAAAUAUUUUUCUAUAUGAUGAUGUGUGUGUGUGAGAGGUGGAAAACAAGCUGUCACAAGAACACUAAAGGGAAUGUUUUUAUUAAUUUAUAAAGUCAUUGUCAGCAACA